AUGAAUCCUGCAGGAAAUCGAAGUCUGCCUCCUGGAGAACGUACACGAGCUGCGAACGAAAAUGUCCCACCUUAUCCGCCACCUCCGUAUGCAUAUUCACUCCAAAAUCAACCAGGAGGGCACCAAAUGCAGGCCGUCCAAGUUGAGUAUCCCCCGCAACUGCCACCUCUCUAUAGAGGUCAAAAAGUGAGAAGUGGUCCAUUCGCGAUCACAGUCACUGACGAAAUGGUCGCGGAACGUGAAAGGGAAAAUCGAGAAUUGUACAGACAAUGGCUGGCAGAGCAGGAACUGAGAAACAUGUCUGACGCCGAGAGGGAAUACGAGCAGUAUGCGAUGCAGUUUAGGGCUGCGAAAAUAAGGCGACUCUUCAUAAAAAAAGUAUAUUGUAUCAUAACUGUGGAAUUGGCCUUCACGGCUGCUUUUAUAGCUCUUGUAAUGUAUGUAGAUCAAGUUAAAUUAUGGGUACUGAAACACUGGGGCUUGGCGAUUGCUGCAACAGUCGUCUACCUAAUCACAUACAUCGCCAUUACCUGCGUCGAACGAGCGAGGAGACAAUCACCUUGCAAUUGGAUGUUGAUGUGCUUAUUGACGCUCUGCCAGUCAUACAGCGUCGCGUAUGCGUCAGCGCACUACAAUAUCGAGUUGGUACUGCUAGCAUUAGGAAUGACCGCCCUUGUGACCGUCGUUGUAACGUUUGUCGCAAUGUGCGCCAAGUUUGAUUUUACAAACUACACGGGAAUGAUAUUAAUCAUCACGGUUGUCAUACUCGUCAGUACAUUGGUACUAGCGAUAGUGGCGAUCCUUACGCAAAUCAAAACCUUGUGGGUCAUAUUUGCUGCGUUAAUGACACUUCUGUUAUCAGUGUACCUGUUCUAUGACACCCAACUUCUCAUGGGCGGACGUAGCAUUGAACUCGAUCCGGAUGAAUAUGUUUACGCUGCAGUGCAAAUCUACGUUGACAUCAUUCUGAUAUUCAGGUACAUACUGAUGUGCCUGGGUUGCAUGGGAGAUUCAUAG